AUGGAGAACGAGUCCCGAAAGAACGCGACAGACAUGCUCGGUGACCUAGUCACCAAACCGUCCGCGGCCGGCACUCCCAGCCGCCACUACAAGCCCACUCCCCCUCCCACUCCUCCAAGCGCUUGCUCACCCUACCGGUCGGUCUCCGAAGGAGGCUCGUCAGAGACAUGUUCCCCGCAUAGCCUGAGAAAAGGUAUCACAGCGCCUACAACAGCAGUGGACGAUGUUGUCGAGAAGUUCGGCAGGCCCAGGGCACGGAGCCUGAGCCGGCGUGACCUUUCCCUCCCGCCAUUAGAGGAGGAGGCCCCCGAAAUAGUGCGCCUGGAAGAUCGCCGUAGGACGGUGUCCAUGUCGAUCACCGAAGGACAUCGCUAUGACGGCGGUGGCGGCAGCAGGUCUGCCCGUCAGGCGUCUGCAGUGAACAAGCGGUGCCUGGACUGCAACCUUCCGCCAUCAUUCGCCAUGGAAGGAGAACCGGCAAUUUUUUGUCGCGCCCACCAGAUGGAGGGCAUGGUGAACGUCCUGAGGGAAGGGUGCACCACGCAAGGGUGCUGCAGGACUGCCUCAUACGGGUUGCCAGGAGAGGGCCGACAGCGUUGUUUCUCGCACAUGGACAAAGGGAUGGUUCACGUGCUGCAACACGAUCAACGUUAGCCGCCCAGAAGGAUAAGAAGGACAAUAAGGAUAAGAAGAGCAGCACGAAGAGACGCCUGUCGUCUUGAGAAGGAGAAGGCGGCAGUGCUAACCAACAACACGGCGAGGGGACAGCAGCAGGUGUUUCAUUUAUGAACAUCCUCUUUUGGCCAACGCCCCCCAUGUGUCGAGUGUACUAGCAUACAUGCCUCCUUUGAAGACUCGAAGUGCACCUUUCACCGCCGGUGGCGGAGCAAGCAAGCGCUGUUUCUAGAGCGCUAUAAUGUGCAGUUUGACUGAAGGAAUGUUGGUGUGGCACAACGGUGGUCAUCGUUCACUCGUUCUUGAGUUUUAUUACUGACUCCGGAACACGAAAGGUCGUACUUCUGUUUGGCUAAUACCCGCAUGCAGUAAACGAUGUGAACGCAUGCACAGUAUCUUGUUGGGAGAAGGGACGAGGGAUCCACGAGUCUAUAUCUACAAGUAUCUUAGCUGCUUGCGCGCGUCUCCGUCCAUCGGCCUACUACUCGUUAUCGACGUACGGGCAAACAAUGUGUUAGGGGGACGGGGAGGGGGUAACUUGUCCAAGUUAGCGGUAGAGAGAGCACAAGUUGGCACGUCGCCACAAAAAUUAGCUUCCAUGUGGUCGGCGGGUUCCCCUACAGCCAUCCGAAUGGACACGGCCGGUCGUUGGACACACGUACGUAACGUGUGUGUUGUUGGUAGUAUGUUUGCUCCUGCAGCGUGUUUUCAGUGCUGGGCGGCAAGGGAGGGAGGGAGGGUGGGUGUAUACAUUGAUGCGUUGCCGGUGUUCUACAGUUGUAGUGCCCCCUUUUAAGAGUUGCAAGGCGAGCGUUCUACCACAUGGACGUGCAGCAGUAGUAGUACCGGUCAAUACCGAGGAAUACAGCAAGAAAUAUUUGUCGUUCGUUGUGUGAAGGAGUUAAUGGGGUUGGUGGGAUGGUUGGUUUGCUGCAAUUGGAAGUCCAGCCUGAUUGGAUGUCGCCGUUGAUUGAUCGUGUGUUUUAUGUACUCGACGAUUUUCCCGACUACCGCACUUGAUGAACACAGUGACG